GCUUUGUGGGCUGAUUUGCUCCACUUCCUGGAAGGCGUAGAAGUUACUGAAUUAUAGAGCCGCAGCCAGCACACCUUUGUGCGUCUUGUGAAAUGGACAGGAGAUGUUUCAGCUGUGCAUCAAAGUUCUCAGUCUUCAAAAAAGAGUAUGGCUGUAAGGCCUGCGGGCAUUCAUUCUGUGCUGGAUGCCUGGGAUUCAGUGCUGUGCUUCCUCAGUAUGGUAAUACCAAGCAAAAAAUAUGCAAGAAAUGUCACGAGAACAUCACCAGUGGGCGACCCCCAAGAAACAAUUCAGCAAAAUGGUCACCACCAGAGAAUUACAAAAAGAGAAUUGCAGCUCUUGAAACCAAGUUGGAUAAGAGGGAGUUUGGACCAAGUGGUAGUGUACCAGAUUCUAAAUAUCAAGGACUGCUUCCGGAAGACAGAGCUAUAGCAGAACGACUGGAUAAACUCAGAGAAGAAACGAAGCCCAGUAAGGUUGUUUUUUUUGCUGAAACAGAAGCCAGAGCAGACAAGCUCUCGAAAGGUUCACAGUCAUCUGUACCAUCUGUGCAAGAGAUAGAGGAUCGGUUGGCUGUACUACAAGGCAUGGUUCCUCCGUCCAGAACACCAAAACCGGUUUACAAGCCACCAGACACCAGAACCCAAGUCCAGUGUGCUGAUGAUUUACUAACCCAACUUAAAGAAGAGGUAGCCAUAGACAAUACAUGGGACCAGGCAUCACCGCUGCAGGAGUUCAGAUCCCAGCCAAUGAAUGAUCUCAACAGAGUCGAUGGGAAGGAGAUUUGGACGGGCCAUAAUCCUGAAUUAAACACAACACAUCUAGAAGAGGAAAAGAACCGACUAUUGGCAGAAGCUGCAGUAGAACUGAGAAAUGAGAACACUAGACAAGAGAAGAUCCUGGAUAUAGCGAAAAGACUUGCAGUGUGUCAAGGCAAAGAUCCAGAGACAGUUACUAUAGAUAGCUAUAAACUUCCGGACAGCGACGAAGAGACAGAGGAGGAAGCGAUACAGAGAAUAUUGAUACAGCUUUCAGAGGAAACUGUUCUGGAUGAAGCAAGCGGAUAUAACGUGAACCCUAAUCAGAGCAACGGAAAAGAAAAAAGCACCCAAGCAGAAAAUAAACCAAAAAGAACGGAACAGAAAGUGCCUGCGCAGCCUUUGCCUACCACAAAACCUGCUGCAAUACCUUCAAGACACUUAGACAGCGAUGACGAGGAGCUGCCCUGGUGCUGCAUCUGUAAUGAGGAUGCUACUCUUAGAUGCCACGACUGUGACGAUGAUCUUUACUGCAAGAGAUGCUUUCGAGAAGGACAUGAUGAGUUUGACCGCAAAGAACAUCGGACAUCUGGUUAUCAUGCGCAACAGAAAAAAGGAGUGAGAUAAACAGAAGUGGAACAGAAUUUUAUUUUUGCUUUGCUGGACAGUAUAUUUAACUAAUGCGUUGCCGCAGCAGCUACUCCACUGAGCAGCUUAAAUCUUCCUGUGAUGUAAGCCAAAAAAGCAAUUUGUUUUCUGUUCCCAUGUACUUUCUUUUAUUUAUUAUAUAUUAAAAAAAACUAAUAACAAAUAGAUUUGGUGAAAGAUGAAGUCCCAAUUUUAGGAUGGUAUAGCUUUGCAGUCAGUAUGGUACCUCGUAGCCAGUGUUCGAGCAGGAAAGCAAUGUAUUGGAAAAUGUACCUGAUGUUUUGCAUAGGUUCUUCUUGUUUCCCUUUUUGUGCACAGUGCAUAGUCUUUAACUAUUGAAUCAUAAGGUGUGCUUGGUUUUUCACACAUGGCUUCUCCGUUUUGGCUUUAUUUUUGCUGAUUAAAUUAUGACAUGGUGUUGUCA